GUCUGAGUUUGUACUAUAAAGAAAACUGAGAGGGGAGGGUUUGCUUAGAGAAUGAGCUGGGUAUACAGGAUUUCCUGCCCAUUCCAAAUGUCUGCCAGUAGCAUAAGUGAUGUAAGCAGGAAAAAAUUAAAAUUAGUUGGUGUUAAAAGCUGACAGAAACAAUAUUUAUCUUACUAGGGAAAUGCCUUUAUUGUAAAAGCUGAGAAGAAUUAGAAGUAAUAAAAAAGAAAACUAGUAUUUCAUUAAAACUGGAUGUUUUGUUUCAAAUAAAAAGUAUGAUACUGAGUAUCUUGGCUUUUUAGGAUUCUUAAAAAAAAAAAAAAGGGUACAAAUUUUGUGAUCUUAAUGCACCUCUAGGCCAUCUGACAUAAGCUGGGCAUACUUAGAGGCUUAAUAAUGGUAGCGAGGCACAGUUGUUUCUGCACUGGCAUUACUGAGACUCAUGAUUGUCACAUCCCUGAGAUUGUUGCUUACAAGGAAGGCUGCAUGUGUGAUCUACCAUUUCUCACUGACAGACACAUUAAUUUUACUAAAUCUGCUUUGUUUUAGAUAAUUUCUUACUUUUAAAUGCUAUGCAAAACUUAGUAAUUUUUUUUUUUUGUGUAUAUUUGUCUGUAGUGAGUCACUUAGGCAAAGAAAAAUUCAUUACCAAAAUAAAACUGUGGAGGUGAAGUAACAGCUUUAGCUUGGACGUGGUCUAAGCGCUAUGACAAAAACCUUGAUGGAGUUUUCAGAGAAAGCAAGCUGUUGCAAUUUCAUCUUCAUGAAUUCAUUUGUAGCUUAAAAGGAGCUUAAGCUUUAAGCCUCACUAUUUACUUGGAAACAGCAACACACUGCAUUUGGCUUUGCAUCAGUCUCAUGUCAGUUAUCUGCAACCUCAUCCCUUGUAUCUCGCUACUGGUAGUAAUCCCAUUAGAUGAUUACAUCUGGUGUCUUCAGCAGACAGGUUCAGUCAUAACUGAAAAAGCACCUCAAGUGGGUUUAAUUAACUGUGUAGUCAUUUGAUUACCAGACCCUCUUGUACUCUCUAAGUUUGCCUUAAGUGAAGUCAAUCUCUGGCCCGUUCAGACAUGCUAGUCUACAGCUUUGCACAUAACCAUCUGCUGUUUAGUUGAAACUAUAAGAAUCAAGGAUUGAGCAUGUUCAUAAUCGUGAAUCUUAAAUGUAGCUGUACUAAAUGUCACUGUAAUAUCUGAUUACGAAUCUGUGGCUGAGCCAUUUGAGGAAAGCGGUCUGUAAGCUGGUGAGCAGCAGCUAUAGCUAGAGUCAUUUUGUUUGGCCCAAUGGAAACGUAUACUUUAGUGUGGCUAGCAUUUGCUUCCAGCAUGGCUUAUGGCCUGGAUCUGAAUAGCUCUUAUGAAAUCAGUUAUCCCAAAAGUGGCAAAUGUUUAUGCUUUGGCAAAAUUGCACCAAUUUGUUUCUCAGUAGCAGGCAGGCAGAGUUGCAGAGUUGGCCUUUGGCAGAGAAAUAUUGUGUUCUUGAAACUGUUGUCCAGCCUUUUCCUUCAGAGGAGACAUGCCUUGUUAAAUGCAAGCUGUAUGGGUUCCACGGUCACUCCGGCAGAGAAGCAUGUUGUGAUCUCCAAUCUCCACAGCACAAAAUAAACAGAACAUUGGUGUCUAAGCUGUACCAGACAGUGAAGUGUGGUACACUAGUAAGGCAAUGGCACUGUAGUUCCAGGCGACACUGGCCAGGGUGUGGCGAUCUAAGUGUUUCUGCAGAUUGGUGCUUGCUGUAAACCAGGUGUUUGGACCCAGUGUUCUGGUAAAACAGGACACACAGUGGUGUUAGAACAUACAACAAGUACUGUUCCUGAGUUGUGUAUAGAGGGGAAAAAGGGUGAUAACUGACAUCUGUUUUCACCUGAGAGUUGCAGUGUGUGCCUGAAAAGGUAAGAUUUUGGGCAUUUACAAGCCAGAUCAAUGAACAGUGGGGCAGAGAGGUUUUAGGAAAGUAAUCCAGGGUUUUAACUUUUGGAUGAAAGGCUUAUGAGGUAUGUUCUGUGUGAAGUCGGAAUCCAUUCCACAUCUGGUGCUUGGCAGUCAUUUCAUUGUUUCGUCGUAAGGAUUUUCUGCAUGCCUCUGAUUAGUUUUGCAAAGCAGGGGAGGAAGACCAUGGCAGCCAGCUAGAAAACAUAGAACCAUUUGUCUUCCCUCAGCACCCUGCUCUGCCAAAACAUGCCAAAGCACAAGUAGAACACCCCUGCCCACCACCACUGGCAGCUGCCAAGCAGGCAUCGCCUUUGAAGCCGGUAUGUGAGGAGAUACCUGCAAAAUACAGAAAGAGAACAAGAGAAGAUUUAAUUCCUUGCAGAUUUCACGUGAGUGAUCCUCGUUAGUGCAAACAAGUCACUGCAACAAAGCAGCACAACAAACAGACUCUUAGCUUCUCUUUGGACUGGCUGCUUCUGCACUUAGGGAUGGGGUGUACCCCACAGCCAGCCCCAGGGUCACCUGGAGCUGUGCAAUCACAGCACAUUUCCACUCCCCUCUGCCUAUGUGUCUCUGUUUCUUUUAUCUUUUCCAUGGGCAUGGCUUGCAAAUGAGGCCAGGGAAGCACACCCAGGUUUUCCACACCUGGGUGGAAAUUAUAUCAGGCACAGGCUCUGGUGGGAUGCUUUCUUAUUCUUCAGCUCCUUGUGUGGAGGAUUAUUUCCUCGGCAGCUCUUGCCUGCUCCUUAGUAGCUAAGCUGGUUGUUUUAUUCGUGUGGGUGAGGUCUGAGCCCCUGGGUACAUGACCCAGAGACUGAGAAAGUCUCUUUUUCAGCAUGGUGGAGGUAAGUCCUGUGCAUAUGUCUGAGUGGGGAGUGGGUGGAAUUAGAUCUGUGGGAGAUGCCAGGCUUGGGCAGGAGCAUGCCAUGACCGCUUUCAGCUGAGCUGAUACUCCUUCACUCUUACACCCCUGGGAAUGUCCACAUUUCACUUGGAGAAUUGUGUUGCCAAAUUGUUGUCUUUCCUUUGGGGUCACAUCAGUGGACUGACUGACAUAUGUAAGGAUUUCUAUUCUUGGGAAGUCUUCCAGCAUCAAAAAGCCAGCCUGAUGGAGGAGAGCUCCUUUUGAACAAACCCCGAGUAAGACUCUGCUUUGGUUUAUAAUCUCCCAGUAUAUUGCACUCAAUUCAGGUUCUUGUUGCUGUUCUGGGCUGAAUUCUGGUUUGCUUGUGACAAGCUUUCAAGUGCUUCUGAAGUACCAGUGUGUUAACUGACUGCAGAACUGACAAUACAAGCUGGAAUCUGCACUGCUUCUUUACCCUCGUACUUGAUGAUGGAAGAGCCAAAGAAACAGCUGAAUCUGGCAAAAAGACCCAUUGAAGCCAAAGAACUCAGCUACUGCGUUUUGUAACCAGUGUGUUUCUCAGAAGCAAUGAGAUUAAGUGGAUCAGCUGGUGUGCUCAGUGCUUGGUGGAAAUAAGCUUAUUUAAAUUAAGAGGACCAGAGAACCUGUGCCUCAGUCUGGAAUGAAAAUGGGUUCCGCAGAGGACCUUGACUAUCCUCAAGUCAUCUUGCAAUACAGCAGUGGAUUUUUAGUCUCAAAGGUUAUGUUCACUGCCUGUGAACUGGGGGUGUUUGAUCUUCUGCUGGAGGCAGGAAAGCCUCUUUCUUCAGAUGCCAUUGCCGCACGUUUGGGUACCAGCACCACAGGGAUGGAAAGGCUGCUGGAUGCCUGUGUGGGACUGAAGCUCUUGACAGUAGAGCUCACACAAGAAGGAGCUCUCUACAGAAACACAGACAUUUCCAACAUCUACCUUACAAAAUCAAGUCCCAAGUCUCAGUAUCAUAUUAUGAUGUAUUAUUCCAAUACAGUCUACUUGUGCUGGCACUACCUGGCUGAUGCUGUGAGAGAAGGAAGAAACCAAUAUGAAAGAGCUUUUGGCAUUUCAUCUGAAGACCCUUUUGGAGCAAUGUACAGAUCAGAAGAAGAAAUGCUGAAAUUCAUGGCUGGCCAGAACUCAAUAUGGGGUAUAUGUGGCAGAGAUGUUCUUUCUGCAUUUGACCUUUCCCCUUUCAGGCAAAUCUGUGACCUGGGAGGAGGUGGUGGAGCUUUGGCCCAGGAGUGUGUUUCUUUGUACCCGAAGUCCAUGGUCACAAUUUAUGACCUGCCAAAAGUUGUGCAAGUAGCUAAAGAGCAAUUUGUUCCCCAUGAGGAGCAUCGUAUCUCUUUCCAUGAAGGAGACUUCUUUAAUGAUUCAAUUCCAGAAGCUGAGCUGUAUAUUUUAUCCAAGACACUGCAUGAUUGGGAUGAUGACAAAUGCAGGCAAUUGCUGACAAAAGUCUACAAGGCUUGCCAACCUGGUGGUGGAGUGCUGCUGGUUGAAUCGCUUCUGAAUGAAGAUAAAAGUGGACCUUUGGAAACCCAGCUGUAUUCAAUGAAUAUGUUGGUCCAGACAGAAGGAAAAGAGCGAACAGCAGCAGAGUAUAGCAAGCUUCUCGAGGCAGCUGGCUUCGGAGACAUUCAAGUCAAGAGGACUGGAAAACUCUAUGAUGCUGUUUUAGGAAGGAAAUAAUAGCACCUCCUUUAUGUGUCUAACAAGACAGUGGAGAAAUGUGAUGUUCUCUUCUUAGAAGACAAUCAUCAACUUAGCUUUUAGUUAAGACAGACAAUUUUUUGUAAGCUGACAUGUCAGGAGAAUCAGUAAUGAGGGACCUGGAUGGAUUGUGAACCUGGCAGACUGGUUAGGGUUUGCCUUUGGAAGGGAGAGAAAGAAAUCAACACCUGUGUUCUGGUUUAAAUGAAAGCAAGUUAAUUUUCUUUAGGCAGAUAGAAACUCUUCUUUUUCACACCUAGCACAGUUGUUGUUUAGAUCUAGUUGGAGAGUAAGAAGAUAACACACAGGGACAAUGUUAAUGUUUUUCUUCAAGUAACUUUCCAGUGGUUUUGAGUUGGAACAAGGAGGAUGUGAGAAUUCACUGUUACUAAGGUCUUUCUGGGCACUCUAUCUGAAGGUGUGAGGCGGCCAGGAAGGGAGGAAGGGAUGGAGCAGACCUUGACUGACAUCCAGAUUCAUCAAUAAGAAUAUUCCAUGCUGGUAGCAUCAUGCUUCAUAUUUAGUGUGAGCUGGGUUUUCUGGCUGGAGAGACCUGUUGUGGUUCUGCUCCAUUUCAGUUGAGUUGUGUUUGGAAGUUCCUUUAGUUCAGCCUUUUACUGUUUGGCUGUUUUGUAGUUGGCCUCUGGAUCUUUCUGCCUUUUUGGUCUUUUCUUUCCCUGGGACUGGCUGUUCAGAACCAGGCUGCUCUCUCUUUUCCCAGGACUGGCUGCUCAUCAUAGACGGAGUUCAUGAGGAGUUGCAUUGAGUAUCUUUUAUAUUCUACUUCUAUUUAAUAUAUAUUAGUAGUAGUAUUGUGUUACUUUGUUAUUUUAUUAAACUGUUUUUGUCUCAGCCCGUGAGUUUUCUCCCUUCUUUUUUUGAUUCUCUUCCCUGUUGUGGGGGAGGCAGGGAGUGAGUGAGCAGCUGUUGAGGUUUUCAUUGCUAGCUGGAGUUGAACUACGACAAUGUGUUCCACAAGAAACAGGUAGUUUGUCUGCUUCUGAUUUUUUUCAUUCUUUCCAAUUUCAACACUGUAUAUGACAAAAGCAUAGCUGUACUUGUACUUGGAUUGCUGCAAAAUUAAACUGGUCACUGUUCUGA